AUGUCGCUCUCGCCUCCAUCGUCGCCCGAAGACCGCCGCUUUGUCUGCCCCAUCGACGGCUGCAACAAGCGCUUCAAGCGCAAGUUUACGCUCCAGGAGCACGAGAAGACGCACACGGGCGUGCGCCCGUACGUCUGCGUCAUUGACGGCUGCGGCCGCCACUUUAGCACGUCUGGCAACCUCACACGCCACGCGCUGACGCACAACACCGAGAAGCCGUUUGGCUGCGGCUGGGAAGAGUGCGCCAAGCGCUUCUGCACGCGCGAGAAGCUCGUGCGCCAUCUCAAGACGCACGUCGGCUUGCGGCCGUUCGAGUGCAGCAUCUGCAACAAGGCGUUUACGACGUCCGGCAACCUCGCCCGCCAUGCAAAGUCGCACCCGGAAUUGGGCUAUGGCGACAGCCAGCACGAGGCGCUCUUGUGGGAGCUCCCCGCGCUCCUCGUGCCGACCAAGAAGCGCCGCGUCGCCGAGGAACUGGCGUUGCCCCUCGCGGCAAAGCCUCCGCUGCCGCACUCGACGGCCGAGAUCGCCAUGGCCCUCUCCGACGAGCCCGAGCUCUUCGAGUGGCCAACGUUCUUCCAGCCCUAUGAUGCGGUGCCGGCACCCGCAAUGGUGUGGCCGCAAUACGCCGCCCACGCACGCAGCGUUUACACCGAGCCGCUCCCCACAGUCUACUGCGCGCACGAUUAUCUCUAUGGCAUUUAG